UAUGCAUAAUACAUAUAUAGUACUUUUGUGAAGUAAUUAAUCCAUUAUAUUAUAUAUAGUUUUUCAUUAUAAUUAUAUAUUGAUCGAAUGAUUACCAUGGCUCAGACCAACAUACUCUCAACAUUUCUGCUCAUUGGGUUGCUUGUUAUGGCAACCAUUGAAAAAACAGGAGCCCAAAUCGGUGUUUGCUAUGGAAUGUUAGGCAAUGACUUGCCUUCCAAGCAAGAAGUGAUAGACCUCUUUAAACAAAACAACAUCCAAAGAAUGAGAAUCUAUGAUCCAAACCAAGAGGCCCUCCAAGCCCUAAGAGGCACCAACAUUGAGCUUAUACUCGACCUUCCAAACCCUGACCUUCAAAAGAUGGCUUCAAGCCAAUCAGAAGCUGACACGUGGGUACAAAACAACAUCCAAAACUACAACGAUGUCAAUAUCAAAUACAUCGCUGUAGGAAAUGAAGUCGAUCCUAAUGGACAAAACGCCCAAUACCUUUCCCCAGCCAUGCAAAACAUCCAAAACUCAAUCAACAAGGCUGGUUUCACAGACAGGGUCAAAGUCUCCACAUCUGUCAAGUACGAUUUCAUCGGGGACGAUUCAUUUCCGCCGUCUAAAGGGUCAAUCAGGUCGACCUACAAGCCACUUUUUGACCGUAUUAUCGAGUUUUUGAACAAUAAUAGAGCUCCAUUGCUCGUGAAUUUGUAUCCUUACUUUAGUUAUAGUGGUCAACCCAGUACUAUCCAUUUGGACUAUGCUCUUUUCACAGCUUCAUCUGAGGUGGUCCAUGAUGAUGGUUCUGGACUUGGGUAUCAAAAUCUUUUUGAUGCGAUGUUAGACACAGCCUAUUUCGCUUUGGAAAAGGCUGGUGGAGGAUCAUUGGACAUUGUGGUAUCAGAGAGCGGUUGGCCGACAAGUGGUGGGACAGAGACGACAGUGGAUAAUGCAAAGACUUAUAACAAUAAUUUGGUUCAACAUGUUAAGAAUGGGACUCCAAAGAAGCAAGGAAAGGCUAUUGAGACUUAUAUAUUUGCAAUGUUUGAUGAGGGUAAUAAGAAUGGAGAUGAAGUUGAAAGGCAUUGGGGUCUUUUCUCUCCCAACAAGGUCCCAAAGUAUGGCAUGAAUUUUAAUUAAUGAAAAUUAAAAAGUUAUUAAUAAAUUAUACAUAAUUAUUUCUUGUAAUAAUUUGUGAGGAUACAUCAUAUCCUUCAAUAUAAAAAUAUUUAUAAUUUUAGUUUUAUGAUGAUAAAAGUGAACCAAAUAGAGAUUCUUAUUUGGUCACAUAUAGGCUUCUUUAUUCUUACUAUAAUCGAAUUUAUAAGAGUUAUUUUAAUAAUAAGAAGAAGAGAAUUACUAUUGACAUUAUGAGA